AUGUCAAAAGUUCAGGAAUGGGAGACUUAUCCCAGCAUCAGACCUGCAGUAUCCCAUUGUAGUGGUGCACUGACUGCUCAAUGGUUGGCCGAUGCUGUGAGAGAUAGUGACUGUGGUCGCUCAUUUGACAUGGAACAAGAUGAUAUUGUGGAGGUCUGGAAGCAAAGCCCAAAUAAGGACACAUUGGGCUAUUACGGCGUAGGCUCACAUAUACACAAGCCGGAGGCGGUUGUAUUUAAUCAGCUCAUUUCGGAAUGCCUUAAAAAGGUUAUGCCGGAACCAACCAAGAAUAAGCUACAAAAAGGAACAACCAUUCCACCGAAGAGUGAUGAGAAUGUGAAGGAACCCUCUAAAAAAGAUGUUCUUAAUCGUCCAUUGCUAAAGUCAAAAGUUGAUAGAAUGCCCACUGUACAGGAAGCGCUAGAUGCGAGCAAGGCACUUACCUGGCUGCAUUGCCCCCGCCUCCUGGAAGAAAAGUACCCAUUCCUCAAAGGUAAGCCCCACGUCAGACCUCAAGACGCCAUCGGGAUAAAAAAAUUUGUUCCGAAACCUAAGCAUGGACUCAGGCGAAAGUAUCCGAUCUGCAAAUUGCAAUGUGUUCUUCCCGAUAAUGCAUGCACGGAAUACGAAUACAGAAAAGAUCCCAAGUCGUAUGAAGAGUUUUGCCGGAAGGAGAUGGAACGGUUGAAGGCUGAAUGCGAGGAAGAAUUCUCAGAGCCGAGAAAUUACCCGGAGUUGUAUCCACGUUUAGUUACAUGCUUUGAAAAAAGGCCACCAAUCGAAUCCCGAAUGCCUAAAAAACCAAGCUCGAAGUCGGAGGGCCACCGCUUGUCUAAUGAAAAGACUGGUGGUAAAGGUGUUGGUGAUGGAGGUGUUGGUGAUGGAGGUGUUGGUGGUGGAGGUGUUGGUGGUGGAGGUGUUGGUGGUGGAGGUGUUGGUGGUGGAGGUGUUGGUGGUGGAGGUGUUGGUGGUGGAGGUGUUGGUGGUGAAGGUGGAGGUGGUGGAGGUGUUGGUGGUGGAGAUGUUGCCCAACACAAAUAUACAAAGCGUGAUGAUGGAAAGGAUAAGGAUACGAAACCCAAAACCGCUACGAAAAAAACUCCACCAGCAAAAAUCCAUCGACCGAAAAAAAUAUUCGACGGUCUAGAUAGGCCCAGUGAGAAGUCCAUAACAACCGAUAACGAAGAUAUAACUCCUUAUAGACAAAGGAUCAAAAGUUCAACUGAAGCAAAUAGACGCUCCAAACGCAGAUGGCGACAAAAGCCAAAAAAGGACAGCAAUGUCCUUGAAACGGGCACGGCCAAGGAAUGCGCCUGUGAGUUAUGUCAUUUCAUGAAAAGUCGAGAACGCGAGCGAGACUCUCCGCUCAUUCAACAAUUGAAAAAGGAACAGAAGCGGCGGGAGCUCCUGGCUUACUAUAAGGGCAUGUGCCUUCGUGAGCAAAUGAAGUGUCGUAGUCCCAAGUACCCAGCUCCGCAGCACAAGUGCGAUGCCAUUGAGUGCGACGACAGCUUCUGUAGCAACCAACAAUUUGGGGAGUAUUGCGAUUGCCUGAAUGCUAUGCAACAUCUGCAAAACUUGCUGGACCCCAAAUCUUAA